AUGCAAAAUAAUGAAAAUCUCAAGGCAGAAGCGUAUGUGAAUUGUUGGGAUGAGUGCGCCAAGCCACCUCCACCAAAAAUCAGCAAAUCCAUACGUGAAACCUGGUCAUUGCAUACUGUUUCCAUGCUACAGCAAGAUUCACUUGUUCUAGUCGAUGUAGCCUGGGCACCAUUAAGUACACCCAAUCAAUGCUUAGUCACCUGGGAGGUGUCUGGCGGUGGCCUCAUGGGAAAUCUACUCACGGAAUCAUACAAUGUGCAAUUGUCCUUAUGGCCGGACACCAAAUAUCGUGUGCAAGUGACAUGCAAAAAUAAGCUUACUGGUUCAAUGUCACGUUCGAUGCCUUUAACAAUCGACACCGCUGAAGCCAUAAAUACACAAAUCGCAAAUGAAAAACAGUUGCAUCCAAAACAAAUCACACCAUCAACACCUCAAUUACCAAUUGCCAAAAUACCAUCAACUUCAAAUGUCAACGAGAUUAGCAACAGCAUCACCGAUUCGAUAGUCACAUCCAUCGAACAGGAUAAUACCAAUGUGUUGCCAUACGAUGAUGAUCAAUCUGCCGAGACAAUAAAUCAGCACACAAAUUUCAUAUUUAAUUGGCACACAAAGAAUUCCGAUAUAAGCGCCAUCGAACCAAUGCACAAGCCCAAUCUGAACAUACUGACAAUAGCGACAUUAUCCGAUUUACAGAAGCCAUUAUUAUUUGGCGUCAUCGCCGGCACUUUAUUGCUAGCACUCAUCCUGCUGCUCUACGUCUGCAUGUUGCGGCAGCAACGCGUGCCAAACGAUAAAACUGCACUCAUCGAAGAGGAUGUGCACUCUGUGGUAGUAUCAAUGCCACCAGCUGCUGCGACAGCUAAUGCAGCUACCACUGCAAAUGCAACAACACCAACAACGUAUCGCACAGGUGAAGAAAUGUGCAAAAAUGCAGCGUUUUGUUCGCGAAAUGCAUUAAAAGUGUAAAGUGCUUUCUGGGCGGGCCAAGCAAGCACACCGGGGGCGUAUGAGUAAUGUACGAGCGAGCAUGCAAUGUUAUGGAUUUGUAGGUUAAAAUUAAUAAAGAAAAUCAAGAAUACAAAAAUUAAUACAAAAAUUAAAAUUAAAUUAAAAUUAAAUUAAUAUUAAAUAAAAAGCGUAAAAGUCUAAAACGCA